AUGUCACAAUUGCAUAAAUGCGGAAAGCCAACAGUUUCUCAGUGCAUGUCCUAUUUAUUCAAGUUGCAAGUGGAUACUAGAAAUCUACAAAAAGGCAACCGAAAAAGCUUGGAUGCUGAGCUUUUGGAAACUCUAGCAAAGAUGGCCCCAACCAAGGAGGAAGUAAUUAAACUUCGAGAGUACAGUGGUGACAUCUCCAAACUAGGGUCUGCAGAACGGUUUCUCAAGGCAGCAAGUGAGGAAUUGAAUUAUAGCCGGUUAUUCCUCAAACUCCUUGAAGCUGUUCUUAGGACAGGGAACCGGAUGAAUGUUGGCACAAAUCGUGGUGAUGCUAAAGCAUUUAGGCUUGAUACACUCUUAAAACCUCAAGUGGGGCUUGAGAAAGUCAGAUUGGUUUUGCAGUAUGACGAGCCAGAUACACGGGUGAAAUUCUUUUUCUCAAAGAAGCUGUUUCUAAGAGAAGCCGGUGAGGAAAUUAACAGGAUCAAGUCAGACGAAAGAAAGGCUUUAUCACUGGUGAAAGAGGUGGCAGAAUAUUUUCAUGUGGAUGCAGUGAAGGAGGAAGUCCACCCUUUCAGAAUUUUGAUGAUUGUCACGAUGGUUGUCAUCGCCGGCGAAGACAAUGAAGAGGGGAGGAAGCCGUUGUAG